AUGCUGCGGCUUGCGGGCCUUGUUUGGCUCGGGCAGGCCGACACGGGCUCCUGGGACUAUACCCGUCAGGACAGCUCUUGGGGCCAGCUUUGCGUUGGCCACUUUCAAAGCCCGAUCGACAUCGAGCCCAAGCAUGCGUUGAAGGGCGACUUCGAAAUCCGCAUGCUGUAUCGGCCCUUGCGCUUGGAGGACGUGGAGUCUGCGGGGGUCGACUCCGACGGUGUGCCAAGGAUUCGCUUCAAAGAAGGGCGGUCCAUUGGCAAGGUGCAAAUCGGCAGUGGCUACGAUGACUUUGACGAAUAUAGCCUUUCAGCCAUCGAGGUGCAUGCCCCCAGCGAACACACGCUUCGCAAGGCCAGCUGGGCCCUGGAAGUGCAGCUUUGGCAUGAUCCCAUGCCUGUGAGUCGCACCAACAAGCUCCUGCAGCACACGCAGGAGCUGCUCCAGGCCUUGGAAGACUCGGAGAGCCGUUUCGCGGCUUUGGACCGGUCACAGGCCACGCUGCGGAAGCAGCUCAACGGCGAAAACACGCCAUGGACCAGCAAUGAUAACGAAGGUGCAGGCUCCCAGCAGGCCCAGGAUUGGGUCGACGCAGCCAAGGCGGACAUCUCCUCCGUCAGCACGCUCCUCCAGCAAGACAUGAAGGGCGUCACCGAAAAUGCCAUCAAACUCCAGAAAGAGGUCAAAGGCCUCGUUACUGCACAAAAGCGCCGUUUCGCUGGCUUUCGCGUGGCGCUGUCAUUGUUCGUCCUCCGCGCGUCGCCAGUCUUUCUUGGCGAAAUGAACGGCACGGCCACCUCGCUGGUGAGGUGGCUUUCUCAAGCCCUGGCUGCCAACAAGGACGCCGACUCUGCUCCCUUGGAGCUUGAGGUGGUCAUCGGUAGCGGCAAAGACCUCUACAGUUAUGAGGGCAGCGUGCCUCGACCCCCCUGUACGCCGAACGUGCGCUGGUUCGUGUUAGGCGACCCGCAGCCUUCUGACAUUGAGCAGCUGUCCUUCCUCCUGAAGGAAACGCAGCUUGCAGGCAGGGUGCAUGGCAACGCGCGGCAGGUGCAACCUUUCGGGCCUUCGAGGAGGCUAAACGUGGUGCAGACGGACUGGAAGGUCUUCGAAGCGCCGGUAAUCGUCUCGGCUGAGUCGAUGUCUCCGGGCAGGCAGAAGAUGAUCCUCAUAGAGAGAUACUGCAAGGUCUUUGUCCUCUGCUCCGUCUUUCUCAUCUGCACCCCGCUUUUCUUCCGAAUCUACAACAGCUGUGCAGACGAGGAAGACGAGGACACGGGCUGGGACGCUUCACCACUUGUCCGGCAGCAAAGUAUGGAAGGGGCUGGCAGGAGGGUGGAAAUGGUUGGCACCGAGCCGGCGAAGCACGGCUAG